CAGUUACCUUUUGGGUAAAGGGUGGAGCAAGCGUCCUCUUACCAUCCCACUCCUCUUUCCCUCUUUGGGCCUGGUGCAGGUGCAUGUUGCAUGAGCAGAGGGCGGAAGUUUCCCACACCUCCCCAGAGAAGGUUAGUGGGCUAUGCCCCAAGCUUCCUAAUUCAGGACUUUGGUUCCCCGCAGAGGAGAAAUAUGACAGGGAGCAGGCUUGGUCCCCGCUCUGGCGCUCUGCCUCUCCACGUGCUCGUGGCCUCUCCCAGCCUGGUGCUAAGCAGUGUCAUGAGUCCGGACCAGGUUGGGGAUUAAUUCUUGGGCAUGGGGGCACUUCAGGGCUGGGAAGGAGGAGGAGUGGCAGGUCCAAGGUCACCAACAGAGAGGGGCAGCUGAUGUCGUUGACAUAUCCCUCCUCCUGACAGAGGCGGUCAGGCACCCCCCGGCUGGGGGCUGCGGCAGGCCUGGCCUGUGCCAAGCAUUGGCUUUGACUGCCAGGCUCCAGCUUCCCUGGCUCCUCCUCCCAGCCUCUCCCCUAACAACCCCCCACACAUACUUAAUACCUCUGGGACCCAGGCCACCCGCUGUGGACUUUGGCAUUAGCAGUAGCUAGUGCGGGGAGCCUGGAAAGACUGGGAGCAAAGUCUCUCAAACAGAGCACGAGAAGGAGCUUCGGGCACUGUACUGCCUGCUAGCUUUCCCCAGAGGAGCCUCGGCUGCCACCUGCAGGUUGCUUGGGCUCUGGCCAUGUGGCUGCCCCUGCUGCUGGGAGUCUUGCUCUGGGCAGCACUGUGGUUGCUCAGGGACCGGCAGAGCCUACCCGCCAGCGACGCCUUUGUCUUCAUCACUGGCUGUGACUCAGGCUUCGGCCGGCUUCUGGCCCUGAGACUGGACCAGAGAGGCUUCCGAGUCCUGGCCAGCUGCCUGACGCCCUCAGGGGCAGAGGACCUACAGCGGGUGGCCUCCUCCCGCCUCCACACCACCCUGCUGGAUGUCACGGAUCCCCAGAGUGUCCAGCGGGCAGCCAAGUGGGUGGAAACACAGGUUGGAGAAGCAGGGCUUUUUGGUCUAGUGAAUAACGCUGGUGUGGCCGGGAUCAUUGGGCCCACCCCGUGGCUCACACAGAACGAUUUCCAUCGGGUGCUCAACGUGAAUACACUGGGUCCCAUCGGUGUCACCCUUGCCCUACUGCCCCUGCUGCAGCAGGCCCGGGGCCGGGUGGUCAACAUCACCAGUGUUCUGGGUCGCCUGGCAGCCAAUGGCGGGGGCUACUGUGUUUCCAAGUUUGGCCUGGAGGCCUUCUCUGACUGUCUGAGGCGGGAUGUGGCUCAUUUCGGGGUCCGAGUCUCCAUCGUGGAGCCUGGCUUCUUCCGAACCCCUGUGACAAAUCUCAAGAGUUUGGAGGAUACACUGCAGGAGUGCUGGGCACGGCUACCUUCUGCCACACAGGCCCGCUAUGGGGAGGCUUUCCUCACCAAAUACUUGGAAGUACAGCAGCGCAUCAUGAACCUGAUCUGUGAUCCAGACCUGACCAAGGUGAGCAGGUGCCUGGAGCAUGCCCUCACUGCUCGUUACCCCAGAACCCGUUACAGCCCAGGCUGGGACGCCAAGCUGCUCUGGCUGCCAGCCUCCUACCUGCCAGCCAGCCUGGUGGAUGCUGUGCUCACCUGGCUCCUUCCCAAGCCUGCCCAGGCAGUCUGCUGAAUCCAGCCUGCCAGCCUUCUGUCCCCACCCAGGUACUGCCUAAUGACUGGCAUAAAACAUGUACUGAAUAAAUGUCUUGCUUAAAAAACAAAAAACACUGUAGAUGGGCAGAAAUGAAGUU